CAUUUAGAUGUUGAUAUGUAAAGCAAAAUGGCAAAAAUCAACACCCAACAUUCCUACCCUAGUGUGCACAGAUUGUCUGUCAGAACUACUGAUGAAGAUAUUGAAAGGAUUGAAAAUGGCUAUGUCAGAACCCAUUCACUGUGUGAGGAUACAUCUUCAGAACUGCAGAGAGUCAUCUCUGUGGAGGGAAGGCAUGUAUCUGAGUCCCAGACAAGCUCAUUCACGGGCCAAGGAGCAAUGGCAAGGCUAUCACAAUUUGUCAUAUCUGUGAGGUCUUGGGCCACAAGACAUUUGCACCAUGAAGACCAAAGACCAGAUUCUUUCCUAGAACGGAUCCGAGGCCCAGAGCUUGUAGAGGUGUCCAGCAGGCAAACAAAUAUCCGCUCCUUUCUGGGUAUCCGAGAGCGGCCUGGGGGAGUAAACAGUCACUGGCCCUUGGCCAGGUUUAACGUCAACUAUAGCAACAACACCAACGAAGACAAAAACGAUGAAAAGAAAGAGGUUAAAGAGGAAAAGAAGGACGAAAAGAAGGAGGAAAAGAAGGAGGAAAAGAAAGAGGAAAAGAAAGAGGAAAAAAAGGAGGAAAAGAAAGAUGACAAAAAAGAUGAUAAAAAAAAAGAAGAGAAGAAAAAAGAGAUCUUUGUAAUAGACCCUUCAAGCAAUCUUUACUACAAUUGGCUGACUAUAAUUGCAGCACCUGUGUUCUAUAACUGGUGUAUGCUAGUGUGCAGAGCCUGCUUUGAUGAGCUACAAAUUGACCAUAUUAAAUUGUGGCUACUCUUGGAUUAUGGAUCUGAUAUCAUCUAUGUUUUUGACACAUUUGUCAGAUUCAGGACAGGCUUCCUUGAACAAGGCUUGCUAGUUCAGGAUGAAAAGAAAUUACGAGAGCACUAUACCAAAACAAUGCAGUUCAAACUGGAUGUGCUGUCUCUUCUGCCAACAGACCUGGCAUAUUUGAAGCUUGGUUUGAACUACCCUGAGCUACGAUUUAACCGCCUGCUGAGGAUUGCUCGUCUCUUUGAGUUUUUUGACCGUACUGAAACCAGGACAAAUUACCCAAACAUGUUCCGUAUUGGCAACCUCGUCUUAUACAUCCUUAUCAUCAUCCACUGGAACGCCUGUAUCUACUUCGCAAUUUCAAAGGUCAUCGGAUUUGGAACUGACUCUUGGGUCUACCCCAACGUGUCUAUUCCUGAAUAUGGGCGCCUGUCUAGAAAGUACAUUUACAGUCUGUACUGGUCAACGCUUACACUGACGACCAUUGGAGAAACACCUCCCCCAGUGAAAGACGAAGAGUAUCUCUUUGUGGUCAUUGACUUCCUGGUGGGUGUGCUCAUCUUUGCCACCAUUGUCGGUAACGUGGGCUCCAUGAUUUCCAACAUGAAUGCUUCCAGGGCAGAGUUCCAGGCCAAAGUGGAUUCCAUUAAACAGUACAUGCAUUUCCGGAAAGUAACUAAGGAUUUGGAAGCCAGGGUUAUUAAGUGGUUUGAUUACCUCUGGACCAACAAGAAAACAGUGGAUGAGAAGGAAGUUCUCAAAAAUCUGCCUGACAAGUUGAAAGCUGAAAUUGCCAUCAACGUCCAUUUGGACACGCUGAAGAAAGUGCGCAUAUUCCAGGAUUGUGAAGCUGGACUCCUUAUCGAGCUGGUGCUGAAACUGAAACCCACUGUCUUUAGUCCUGGGGACUACAUUUGCAAAAAGGGAGAUAUUGGGCGAGAAAUGUACAUUAUCAAGGAGGGAAAACUGGCUGUGGUGGCAGAUGAUGGCAUAACCCAAUUUGUAGUCCUAAGUGAUGGCAGCUACUUCGGUGAAAUCAGCAUCCUAAACAUCAAAGGCAGCAAAUCUGGCAACAGGAGGACAGCCAACAUAAGGAGUAUCGGUUAUUCCGAUUUGUUCUGUUUAUCUAAAGAUGAUUUAAUGGAAGCCCUCACAGAAUAUCCAGAAGCCAAAAAGGCUCUAGAAGAGAAAGGGCGCCAAAUUCUGAUGAAAGACAAUUUAAUAGACGAGGAAGCAGCAAAAGCAGGAGCUGACCCAAAAGACUUGGAAGAGAAAAUAGAAAAACUUGAAAGUGCUCUGGAUACGCUGCAGACUAGAUUUGCAAGGCUCAUGGCAGAAUACACCUCAUCGCAACAAAAGGUGAAGCAGAGACUUGCCAGAGUAGAAACACGAGUGAAAAAAUACGGUAGUGGCACCUUAUCAGUUGGAGAAGCAGAGGCUGAAAAACCUGAGGAGAAUAAGCAGUAAUGGAGUAUUUAGGUUUCCUCAUUUGUUGGAGAGGGUUGAAGCCUGUGAAAGCCAUAAAUGUAUGUAAAUAUGUGUGUGCAUAGACAUAAUUAUUUUUAUAUGAACUGAAGAGAAUGGUUUUUAGCAUUUUUAACCAAAGCAGUAUUUUCUUGUAAAUAGAACACUGUCACCUCUUCUUAGGGGGAGAUUUGGUCUGGCAUGUGGUACUUUUUUGUACUGGGAGGGGGUUUCUUACAAGUCAUGCUCAGAA